GAAUUCACUGCAUGUGAAGAAAAAGUGAAAGAAGGUUUAGAGAUUGACAUCUGAAAGCACUUGAGAAGAACAGGUUCGUCUGUGUACCAGAUUAGACCUGCCUUAAGAGGUACAUACAUGUACUGGGAACUUAUCAGAUGACGAAAACACCAUAUCAAACGAUCAGACUACGGGGUACACUAAACUACCCUACUUAGUACCGUACCCAGUAGUUAUACCAGUACUUGUACUUACAUAUUAAAAACAGCACUGAGAGAUUUAGAGUUCGGGACCGCCUAGGACCACCCUCGAUAAGGAAGGAUGGAUACUAAUAACAAUUUGCGUCACAGCAAUUCUGGCAGUUCUGGCAAGAGACUUUCAACUUCUUCCUGGUCUGUGUCACAUUCCCGCACUCGUUCUACAUCAUCCGUAGCCGGUAGCAUCGCCAGUUCCAUGGCAAGUGGGAAAAGUCGACAUGCCGAGCCUAUCGGGACGACUGAUGUCUCGGUUGAGCCUGCAAGUUUGUCAAUGCCAUCCACCGCAAGACCAUUGAAGCCACCUCAUCAUCAUACUACUCCUGCUACUGUUGACGAUGUGGCUGUUGACGAUAGCGACAACACCCCAAAAUUACAGCCUGGUCAUUCUCUUUCAGCCACCAGUCCCACCUACCAGCUACCUGAACCUGCCGUGAAUCAUCGUCUAUCUACUUCAGAGCAAGAGGCCGGGAAACGCAUCUCUGUCUCGUCCGUCUUCUCCCUUGCUUCCUCCCGUGCUGUUUCCAGCUCGGCCCCUUCCUUGAACGGAUCCGACAAUGGUGCUCAACGGUCCGUUCCGAAUAUCAUGGCUUCCGGUAAAGAUCUAGGUCCAUCUCCAGGUCAAUCAGAGCCAAGCAUAUCCAACGUCACCGUUACCACGUCUUCUAAUUCAAACACCCAAAACUCUGUGACCGGUCCUCAGCUGACCCCACGGGAACCUCACCAUACCAACCCUUUAGAUCUUGUUAAGCGAAACCCUGCGCCUGCACCGAACCCGGCCCCUCGGCCACCGAUGACCAGGUCUCGAAGUAGAGCUAAGCGCCGGUUAAGUGGUAGUACUGCGGCCAGUAGUCACAGCCCCAGCAGUGAUCGAGGCCCUCUUCCUAAGGAGAAGGAAGAGGCCAAGCCGGCACCAUGGGGCAUCAUCGGGGUUUGCGCACUAGAUGCUAAGGCUAGAAGCAAACCCAGUCGAAAUAUUCUCAAUAGGUUAAUUGCAAAUCGCGAGUUUGACGUAAUAGUAUUCGGGGAUAAGACAAUUCUAGACGAAGAGGUGGAAAACUGGCCUAUAUGCGAUUAUUUGAUAUCAUUCUACUCAGAUGGUUUCCCCUUAGAAAAGGCCAUUGCUUACGUCAAGGCACGGAAGCCAUUUUGUGUCAACGAUGUACCGAUGCAGAAGGUACUCUGGGAUAGACGAUUGUGUCUACGGAUUCUGGAUAGAAUCGAUGUGCCAACCCCGAAACGGGUCGAAGUAAACCGGGAUGGUGGGCCGAGUCUGCUAACCCCGGAAUCUGCGAAACAUAUUAAAGACAUUACGGGCAUCACCCUCGAACCCAGCGGCCCGGAAAACUACCGUUUCCCUCGUAAGGUAGAACUGCUUGACGAUGGAGACAUCCUCAGUGUAGAUGGAACCCUACUGAAGAAACCGUUUGUUGAGAAGCCAACCAGCGGCGAAGACCACAAUAUCAUUAUUUAUUUUCCAAAAUCGGCUGGCGGGGGCGCCCGAAAACUCUUCAGAAAAAUUGGCAACAAGAGUUCGGAGUUUGUCAAGGAUCUCAUAAUUCCGCGCGCCAUUAGCGAACCUGAGGGUAGCUUCAUUUACGAGAAGUUCAUGCAAGUGGACAAUGCAGAGGACGUAAAAGCUUACACGGUCGGACCCCAAUACUGCCAUGCCGAAACGAGAAAGUCACCUGUGGUAGAUGGUAUAGUCCGGCGUAAUACUCAUGGCAAAGAAAUUCGCUACGUUACCGCGUUAUGUCCGGAGGAGAAGGAAAUUGCAAGUAAGAUUGCCAGUACAUUUGGGCAACGUGUUUGUGGGUUUGAUUUACUGCGAGCUGGGGGCAAGAGUUAUGUUAUAGACGUCAACGGAUGGAGCUUCGUUAAAGAUAACGAAACAUACUACGAUCACUGUGCUAGUAUCUUGAAGGAUAUAUUCGUCAAGGAGAAAAUUCGUCGUGGCGGGCCAACACCGCCUGUCCCAUCGCCGACUAUUUCCGACACUGGCGAUCCGCUAGCAAAAGCUCUACUGAGUAAUAAGGAGAAAGAGGCACAGACUAGUACAACACUUUCGAAUCAGACGAAACCCGUGGCGAUUGCGGGCUCGCUCUCGCCUGAGGAGAGCAAGGAAGGCAAAGAUGAGCAGAUAGUGGGAAGCACCUCGCCGUCUAAGUCAGACUCGGGGGCUCCGGGAAUUGCAGCAAUGUUACAAAACGGCAUCAUUAGCCCCGUGUCUUCUUACCUUGCUGGCAGCUCUGCUACGAGUAGCCUGCCAACCACAGCCCCGGAAACUGUUCCAGCUACCCCUUCAGCAGGACCGAAAGAGAAGGUCGAGCAACCAGUCGAGCAGCCAACUCCACCUCCACCUCCGCCCAAGCACUCGUGGAAGCUCAAAGGCAUGGUUUCUGUGAUUAGGCAUGCCGAUCGCACCCCAAAACAAAAAUACAAAUUCACCUUCCACACACAGCCUUUUAUCGACCUUCUAAAAGGCCACCAGGAAGAGGUACUUCUUAUUGGGGAGCCAGCUCUAACUAGUGUUCUUGACGCGGUCGACUUAGCCUUGAAAGCCGGCGAAGAAGAUCGAAAUAAGCUUAAGUCUCUCCGCAAUGUCUUGGUCAAGAAAGGGGGUUGGGCUGGGACAAAGGUUCAGAUUAAGCCAAUGUUCCGCAAGAAGAAAACAGCUGAGAUGACGACAGAAGCAACUCCGAACGUCGCCGAGGGAGUCAAGUUGGAUUCCGAGACAAGUAGCCAGGCCCAUUCCUCCAUCAUAGACCAGUUAAGAGCCGAGGAUGGUCAAUAUGGUCCCGACACAUCGGAAGCAGUAAUAUCCGACUCUGAAAAUCAGCCGGGCCGGGUCCCCCGACGACAGGAUUCUAUGUCAGGAGUCACAAUGUCAAAAUUUACUGCCGCAGAUAACAGUUUUGUUCUCGACAAAUUGCAGCUCAUCGUCAAAUGGGGAGGGGAGCCGACUCAUUCGGCCCGUUACCAAGCCCAGGAGUUAGCACAAAACAUGCGCAACGAUUAUCUCCUUUUAAACCGUGAUAUUUUAGACCAAGUACACGUGUUCAGCAGUUCCGAGAGGCGUGUCACGGCCAGUGCACAGAUCUGGGCCGCGUCAUUCAUCGAGAAGAACGAUAUUCCGGAAGACUUCAUCAUUAUACGGAAGGACCUACUUGAUGACUCGAACGCAGCAAAAGAUGAGAUGGACAAGGUGAAGAAGAAGCUAAAAGGUCUGUUACGCAAAGGCAGCGAGAGGCCUCCGCAGUUCGCUUGGCCUGAGGGUAUGCCAGAACCUGCUGAGGUACAAGCUCGAGUUGUGCAUCUGAUGAAUUUCCAUCGCCGCGUAAUGCAGUACAACUAUGGCAAACUGCAAAGCGGCGCUGUGAACUCGCUCAACGCAAUCAACUCGCCUAGCCAAGAGAAGAUACACGGCGAAAAUUCUAGCACAUCCAUUGCUUCGUCACUCUCUCAAGCGAAUGCUAUCAACAAUAUCCAGGCCCGUUGGUGCUGUGGUGAAGACGCAGAAUUGUUUCGCGAGCGCUGGGAGAAGCUCUUCGCCGAGUUCUGUGAUCUUGAGAAAGUCGAUCCUAGUAAGAUCUCGGAAUUGUAUGACACAAUGAAGUUUGAUGCGCUACACAACCGGCAAUUUCUCGAGUGGGUGUUCACUCCGCCGAGACAAAUGUUAGAGGAGGAAUUUGGAAUUACUAUAACUCGAGAGGGCAAGACGUCACCCAAGGAAUCCGAAGACGGCGGCAAAAUAGCCGACGACAAAUCCGACAAGAGCCAAGCUCUGGGUUCAUCACCUGUGGACAAAUUUGAGAAAUCGGACCGACCGGACCGGACGGAUAGAGCCGAGAAGUCGGAAGCACAGAAAACCGUUAAGCGCAUCUUCAGGAGGAGGUCGUGGAUGAAGCAGCCUCAUGAAGUGGAUAGGCCCGCUGAAUACUUUCAUCUACCCAAAGGCAACAAUCAGACAAAAGCGAAGACGGAUGAGUGCUUCGAGCCUCUCCGAGAACUUUAUCAGUUAGCCAAGGUUUUGUUCGACUUCAUCUGUCCACAAGAAUACGGUAUCUCGGAUAGUGAAAAGCUCGAAAUCGGACUCUUAACGUCUCUUCCCUUGCUCAAGGAGAUCGUCCAGGAUCUUGAGGAGAUGCAGGCCUCGGAGGAUGCCAAAUCAUUCUUUUAUUUCACCAAGGAAUCGCACAUAUACACGUUGCUAAACUGCAUCCUCGAGGGUGGUAUCGAGACGAAGAUCAACCGCAGGACGAUCCCCGAACUGGACUAUCUCUCGCAGAUCUGCUUUGAGUUAUAUGAGUCGGAGACCAAGAUGGCAGCAGACGCGCCGCUCGUUGAUCAACCUACCUUCAACUACAGCAUCCGCAUCACCAUCAGCCCCGGUUGCCAUAUUUUCGACCCCUUAGAUAUCCAACUAGACAGCAAACAUUGCAUAGGGUGUGCGCCGCGAAGGAGCCUGACGCCUCACGCAGAUUGGAAGAAGGUGAUUGAGACGCUUAGAGCCAAGUUCCAUCAGGUCAAAUUACCCAAGACGUUCCUGGCAGUGAAUCUGUCAGACGCUUUCACUUUCCAGGAGAAGGAACGCCAAAAUUCGGAAGCGGAUUGUCUCGAGAAGGACGGCGGUAACCACGAAGAUGAUGUUCUUGAAAUGAAGACCCGUAACUCUUCACCAAAGAACCCCGAUCGCAGCGACUCCGCCGAACCAACAGCAGCAUCAACAGUGGCUACCGCGGUAGUUACUGAUGAACAAGCUCUUCCACCUCCUGUUGCAACAUUGAACACGGCCCCUCUGCCUCCGGCCGCAGAUGCGCCGGGAAUAACGGCAUCUGAAUCGGAACGUUCCAAGCAAGGCUCUGUCGACAAUCAGCAGCAAUGACGCUAGACAAGAUGACACUUCCUGCAUGAGCGGCACGGAAGCCGGGUAAGGAGCCGGUGGAAUUAAUAGGCAUAUCCUACUUAAAACGAUACUUUUGAUUUUUUUUCUUCUUUGCUUUUCUCCCGGUCGUCAGGCAGGCGGUGAGCAAAAAAAAAAGAUUAAUCAUCUCAGUAACGCGGGAUCAGGGAUUCGAAAGAGUAAGACAAGCAUUGCAUACAGCGAAAGGUCAAGAAAGGAAAUACUUACAUACAUGCACGCACACGGGGUUUCUUUGUGCUUUGGUCUUAUGUAAGUAGAUAGGUAGGUAGAUGCAAAUAUGUACCUACUGUUACCAACAUAUAUGAAAAGUGAUAAGACGGCAUGCAUCAUACCUAUGUAUGUCGGUAUGUAUGUAGGGAAGGUACACGAAAGUAGUUCAGGUUUAUUAUUUUAUUUUUUUAUUGGAGGAUGGUAUCCUAUAUAGUAGGUACAUAUAUACAGACAUAUAUAGUGGCAGGUAGUAUUGUAUCUAUCUAGCAUAGAGU